AUGCGAAAGUUGGAAUGGGACGACAUAGGAGUGAAGGUUGAUGGUCGGCAGCUACACCAUUUGCACUUUGCUGAUGACAUCGUUCUGAUAACACCUAGCGUCAGCCAAGCGGAACGAAUGCUGACCGAAUUCGACGAAACAUGUUCAUGCAUCAGUCUUCAGCUGAAUCAAGACAAGACGAUGUUCAUGCGAAACGGAUGGGUCUGGGAUGCCCCAUUCACGCUCAGCGGAACGAACAUAUCUGAAUGCACCAGCUACGUUUAUUUUUAG